AUGUGUGGCCCUAGUCUGCACAAAGGAGAUCGUGUAGAGUGGAAGAAAAGCGCCAUAAAGAAGUGGUGGAAGUUUAUGGCAAGGUGUGCGUACUAUGGAGCGAAGCCAUGUCUGACUUCUGUCCAAUGCAAAAAUUGCGUGGAUUGCGGAUCUGGAGUGUGCAGCUGUGAUGGAUCUGAAGCUCUCGGCCCGAAUGCAAAGGCGAUAAAUUAUGAUGAAUGGAUUUCUGUGAAGCAUAAGAUGAAAUCUGUGAAAGGAUAUGUGGUGGAGAUUGUACCGAAUACUUGCUGCGAUGUGGAGCAUGGUUUUUGCUGCGGGGUGAAGUGGGAUAACGGAUGGUUAACACAUAACAAUCAAUCCGAGCUACGUUUGGCAACACCGCAGUAG